CUUUGGUGACGAGUUCUAAUAUAUGCUGUCUUCUGUCUUCGACAGUAUCACACCAAGCUCUUACAUCUAUAGCAGAUGGAUAGGUCUUCAGUCUGGACUCAGAACGUCUUCUUUCGGGUUUCAAGUCACCCCUAUCCAUAAACAGGCGAGUUUUUCUGUUAACAAAAGUCAUGGUGGAAUAUUAUUGAGCAAACUUAGUUCAGUUUUUCAUGGGGAAUGUCUUGAACAAAAAGUAUACAAAUAUUAUCAUACUGAUCAGGAUUGAAGUUGAUGUGAAUUUUGAUGAACUUUGGAUGACAUUACAUGACAAAUAAAUCAUACUGUCACUGUCGUACUUUCGCUGACAAAGUCAAAAAUUCAUCGAUGUAGGAUUCAAUCCACCACAACCAUAUUUCGUUAGUUUCUUCAGAUCCACAAGCAUGUCGUACAUCAAUAAAAGGACUAGGGCAUUCGAUAAGGGCCCUGUAGAAGAAGUCGUUCACAUAAGAUCAGAAGGGCGCAUGAAAAACUACCCUUCUGCUCAAGAUAUACGAGCAUGGAGCGAUACAGUGGAAGAAAGAAGACAACAUAUUCUCGAGUACAUGGCCAAAAAUGAGAGAGGAACGUGUCCUGAUAAAAUGAUACCUUUGGACAUAUUGAUAGAUGCUAUGAUGGCCCAAAAAAAUUCAAGAAUAAAAAAACUGGAAAAACGAAUCGAGUAUCUGGAGAAGCUGCUGGAUAUAUACUCACAGCUAGAUUUGACUCCAGAACAGAUGAAAAAAUUGGACGAAUUGAAAAAAAAUAUUGAAGAAGCUAACGCUGAGCUUGAUUCACUGAAGAGUGAACGUGAUAAGUUAGAGACUGUGUACGAUAGACGGAAAAGAAGAAGCGAUGAAUAUCCUGGUGGGAAACCGAAGAAAAGGGACAAGAAAAGGCCUUCUCAGAGAGGAGAAUCUGAAGGUGCAGAUUCAACGAAAAGGGCACAACGGAAGAAGAAAGCAAGAGUUCCAUCUAAAGAAAUUCCAGAAACAUCUGGCGACGAAGAAAUUCCUGCUCCUAAAAAAUAUAAGGGAAAGAAAAAGUCCCUGGAUGAAAAGAAAGGCGGAAGUCUUCCCGAGAAACCAACUGAUUUGGUUGGAGAAGUGUCAAAAAAGGACAAACCAAUAAAAAGAAAGGCAGUUCCUACAUCUAUUGGAGAUUCUUCUAGAAGGAAGAAGGACACAAGUGCUACUGCUGUGGAAGACAAGGAUGCAACAGGUGCUACGAAAAAAUCUGUGUCGGAACCAUCCGAGGAACCACGUCCCAUUCAGGAACCAGCUUUCCAAAAAGAAAUGAGGCCAAGUCCAGUUGUAAUACAAAAGAAACAACCGAUGAGCGAUACCGAGUAUGAGCUCCAUCCGGAAAAAAGUAGAGGAACAAAAACAAUUCCUGAUCGUAAAGAAAAAACUGACGUCAGAAUACCACGACCAAAGUCGCCCAUGAAGGUGGAACCCGAAGGCAGUGGAGAAAUUACCAAAGGGAAAAGGAAGGUUCCUAAAUCACCGGUAAUGAAGAAAGGAGAAGAGCCACUGAUUGGUGGUGAUAAUUCAAUGGAUACUGAGGGAGAGUCACCGAAACGAGUUGGUGUAGGUGAAGAAGCAUCUAAAGAUAAUAAACGAUUAAAACCCAAAAAUGUUCCUGGAGUAGAUACUACCAAAAAAUCUAUCGAAAGCAAACCGAAGAAAAAUCUGGCAGAAGCAGCAGAAACUCCGCCAAAACGUGAUAAAACAUUUCCUGAAUCUGAAAGGAAGCUAAGGAGACAAGUUUCAGCAUCAACUGAUGGGAAAACUCCUGUUCAAGAAAAAUCCAGCAAAGCAAAACCAGAAAAUGCUAAAGAUAUCCCUCCAAAGUCUACGAAGGCUAAACCAAAAUCAACUACACCGAAGGAAGAAAAGAUUAUAGAAGGCAAAAAGCCAGUCGAGAAAGAUAUUCCAGAGGAUAAACCACUAGACAAAGGUGAAAAAAAACCUGUUGAGAAAACUGAAAAAGAAAAACCUCAGGCUGAUAAGUCAGUUGUCGGAAAAUCAGAAAAGAAAAAUAUAGUAGACGAAGAAUCAGGAACCCCUCAGAAAGCUAAGACGGUGAAAAGGGAGAAUCCACAAAUUGGUGAAACACCAGUUGAAACUGUGGAAACUGCAGAACAACAACCCAAACAGAAUGUAGCCGGAAAAUCAGCAACCCCUCAAAAAGCUAUGACAGGGGAAAAGAAGAUUCCACAAAUUGAUGAGAGACCAGUUGAAACUGUGAGAACUGCAGAACAGCAACCAAAGAAAAUUGUGGUAGACGGAAAAUCGGCAACUCCUAAAGAAGCUAAGACAGUGGAGAAGGAGAUAUCACAAAUUAGUGAAAGGCCAGUUGAAAUUGUGAAAACAGCAGAACAACAACCAAAGAAAAAGAAACAAGGUGACGAUGAGCAAGUUCACGAAAAAAUACCGGUCCAAGAAAAAAUAACAGCCGAGAAGAGAAGGGAAUAUGGUGAUAAAACACCUUUGACGAAAAGUUCUCCAAAAGAGCAUGAGGAAGAUAAGAAGAAAGAUAGCCCCAAGUCCACUGUUCCUAAAGAUGAAGAGAAUAAAGUUGGUGGAACGAAUAGAGAUAAAUUGGAUUCAGGAAAAGGGCAAAUUCCUGAAGUGAAACCAACUAAAACAAAAGAAUUAUCUGAACCAUCUUAUGACACUACGGAAUUGAAACCUGAGAAAAAAAUUACUGAGACGGUUGACCUUAAUAAAAAAGGACCUAAAACUGGCGACGAAACUUCUAAGGAAGUAUCUAAAUCACCCACAGAGCAAAAAUCGGGUAAAAAACUUGAGAAGAAGAAGCCACUAGACGAAUUGGAAUCGAAAGAAGUGAACAAAAUUCCAGAAGAAAUGAUUGACUCUAAGAAUCCAGCGAAAGAAUCUAAAUUAGAGAAGAAAAAACGACAAGAAGAACCAAUAAAAGAAAGUGAUGGAGCAAAUACUAAACCAAUGACCAAGAAACUGACCAAAGUACCUGAGAUCCAAGAAAAUGUUACACCCAAAGUCAGUAGUGCAGAAUCGGAUCAACGAAAAAAAGAAAAACAACCUGUUGAAGAUGAAAAACCAGAAGAAAUGAGAAAAACCAAACAACUGACACCAGAACCACAUGAGAGUCCUAAAGUAGACAAAGAAGUACCUAGGAAACAAAAACCUUCUGAAGAUGAACCAAUCGAAUCAGAAAAAGACAAAAGAAAACCACUUGAAAUGAAGAAAUUGCCAGAAGAUAUCAAAGAAGGACCCUCCAUCAACCCUAAAACUCAUGAACUUCAAGAAAAGGAGAAACCUAUCGAAGCUAUUGAUCUUAAGAAUAAAACAGAAAAAAGUAAGACACCAGAAGCUGAAAAAAAAGUAUUGAAAACCCCUGCUGAUGACGCUAUUGUUACAAAGAAGAUAACAGAAGAAAGUGAGACACCAGAAGCUGAGGAUAAAGUAUUCAAAACUCCCGCUGAUAAAGCUAUUGAUUCAAAGAAGACAACGAAAAAAAGUGAGACGCCAGAAGCUAAGGGAAAGGUGUUCAAAACCCCUGCUGAUGAAGCUAUUGAUAAAAAGAGGACAACAGAAAAAAGUGAGACACCAGAAGCUAAGGAAAAGGUAUUCAAAACCCCUGCUGAUGAAGUGUCCAAAAUAGUUGAACCUGAAAAACCUAAAACAAAAGAAAUAAAAAAACUCACAGGUGAGAAAUCAGAAUCCCCAAAACAAGAAAUGGUCGAUGACAGAGCCAAAACAAAUGCAUCGAAAACGGGAGAGCCAAAGAAGCCAGAACAGAUGGAAAUCGAUCUGGGUCAAGAUGAUAGAAUACCUAUUAUUGAAGUCAAACAGUCUUUCGAAGGUAUCGAAAUACCGAUAGUUGAAGAAAUACUACCUGAAACAAUUGAGCAUGCUGAAGAAAUAUCCGAGAAACGCGAAAUGCAAGAAAAACUGGCUGAAACUAUUCCUGAAGAACGGAAAUUCAAAGGAAAAACUGAAGAAGAACCCACAACAAUGAUAAAGCCUGAGGUUAUCUCUGAAGAACAGAAGUUGAAGAGAAAAACUGUGAAACAACCCGCAACAAUCAUGAAACCUGAAGCUAUUCUUGAAGAACAAAAAUUGAAGGGAAAAACUGAAGAAAAACCUGCAGCAAUUAUGGAGCCUAUCUCCGAAGAACAAGAAAUGAAACGAAAAAGCGAAGAAGAACCUGCAACAAUGAUGGAGCCUAAAGUUAUUGCGAAAGACACCAAACUGACAAAACAAACUGAAAAAGAACCUGCAGCAGUUGUUGAACCUGAAAUUGUGCGUGAAGGAAAAAAAUUGCCAAGAAAAACUGAAAGAGUACAUGAAACAAUUAUGGAGCCUGAAGUUAUCGCUGAAGAACAGAAAUUGAAAAGAAAAACUGAAGAAAAACCUACAACAAUUAUGGAGCCUAUUCCUGAAGAAAGAGAUUUGAAAGAAAAACUCGAAAAAAAAUAUGACACAGUUGUAGAGCCUGAAGUUAUUCCAGAAGAAGAAAAAAUGCCAAAACGAUCUGAAAAAGAACCUCAAGAACACAAGUUGCCUAGAAUGAUUGAACCUGGGACGAUCAUCGAGGCGGAUGUUAUUCCUGAAGAACAAAAAUUGACAAGAAAAACUGAAGAAAAACCUGAAACAAUCACUGAGGCUGAAGUUAUGUCAGAAGAGAAAAUUCUGAGUGGUGAUAUGAAACCAGAUGAAAUCCAAGAAACAUCAUAUAAAUACAAAGAGAGUCCAAAAAGAGAAAAGUUCCCAGACGAACCCAAAGUGGCAGAAGAAUCACCACAAGUUUUAAUCGAAGAUAGUAAUGAUAUAGUAGAUGAAACGGCAGGCAUUCCAGAGGGCAUCCAAAUGACAGAAGAAGAAGAGAAGGAGAAAAAAAGAAUAGCAGAUGACUCGGAUGGGAAUAUCUUCAGGAAAAUAGAAUUCAAGAUACCACCGACAAGAAUUUCAGAACAUAAAUCUAUAGCUGAAGGAGGCGAAGAACCUGGAAUAGAUAAAAAGUUGGUACCUUAUGAUGAAACGGACGAAGAAAUGGAAUUCGAAGCACCGGAAGAGUUUAAAAAAAUCCCCGAUGAAGAAUUAGAGGGAGGACUUGAACGUACUGUGGCAUCGAGAGUCGCAAAACCUUCUGAAGCAAGAAAAGGAAAAGAAAAGCAAGACCGAAAAUUAGCAAGAGGUGAAGAAAAACCUGCUAAAAGUGAAGAACCUAUUCAAGUGAAGACAGAUGGGAAGGAGUCAUUCGAAGAUACAGAAAUAUCUGGAGAAGAAAAGGGCGAUGAAGGGGCUAAAGAAUCUCUGGAGGCUGAUAAAUACAUGGCAACUGAAGAAGGAAAAACUCGCAAACCUGAAGAAACAAGGUUAUCAAAAGAUAUUGAAAAACAAAUUCCUAUGAAACAUGAAGAGCGUGAAAUUCCUCCUGAUGUGAAGCCUCAUAUUGAAGCAGAAGGAGUGGUUGAUAUUCCCGGAGACGAACUUGAUGACCUGAGGAAAGCAGAACAGUUGAAGAUAGAUGAAGAAGGCCGCAUGCAACGAAAGAGAGAAUCCCAAAGAGACGUUCAGGUGCAACAGCCCGAAUACAGAUGUGCUGCUCUGAUCAGACAUGCCAAAGAGAGAUGUGCAGCAAUGGCUUCAAGAUCUGGUGGGAUUGUCGCCUUACCGAAUGUAAAAAGAGGGGAACAGGACUUGAUACCGACAGGAUACUGGCCCGGUGAAGUUCUUCCAGAACUAUUACCUCCACAACAAAUUUCUAGGGUUCCUGAUUGGGUGAGGCAACGCGAGAUAUCUACAGGGGGUAUCUCCAAGGAAGAUAGAAAUCUUCAACUUUGCGAUGAUGAUUCAGUAGGUGGUAGUUCGAAGAAAGUUAUAGAACGAACGCGAGAUGAUGAAAAGAAAGGAAAUAUUGUGGGAGAUUUGGCAACAGGUAAACAGGACGGAGUAGAUGCAGAUAAAAAGAUAUCCAAAGAUCGAGCUGAUACAGAUUCACAGAGAGUUGAUGGAGAAUCACAACAGGUGAAGAAAAUAAAAUGUCGAGCUCUCUGUUCUAAAACAAUCGACCAAUCAAAGAAAAAAUGGGAAAGGAAGGAUGAAGACGAACCCAUCAAUGUAACAGCUGGUGAAACUUCUCCUGGAUUUUCACCUGGACAUAAAGAGUCAAAUGACUUGCGUUCAGUCGUUCCCAGAGAAGAGGAACUAGGUGCAGGUCUAAAUGAGAGACAUGUAGUAUCACCAGAGUUCGUAACAAAACGUGUGAGUGGACAAAAAACGCCAAAAGACUUGGGCUCAGUCAUGCUCAGACAAGAAGAAGUAGGUAUGAAUGAGAGAGAUGUGGUAUCUCCUGAGAUUGUCUCAGAACCGGUAAGCUCUGCAGCAUCCAAGAAAGAUCAAUCGAAAGUAUGCCGAGCUAUAUGCUCUAGACGAGGCGAAGAAAAACCUCCAAGAGAAUUACCAACACAACAUAUUUCACGACAGCUCAAGAAAAUAUCUGAACAGGAGAUGAAACCUCUUAUCGAUUACUCAUCAGAUUUAUCUUCAGAAGUUGUAACACCUAGAGACGAAAACCUUGUUAAUGACAGGUACACACAAAAUGAUGGUGAAAAUGUCAAGAAAUCGAAAGAAAAGAAGUAUACUCCUAAGCUUGAACUGGCAUGGGAAGAAGUUGAUUUGGACGAGCAAACUGAAGAUGAUAAUACAUUUGAUGGCAAAGCUCUCAUGGGAAGCAGAAUAUCCAGAGUUUUAUCAGGAGAUGCUUCUGGAUUUGGAACAGCUACAUUUCCGGUAGCUUUGUCAGGCUCAAAAACACUUUCUGGUGAAAUACUACAAAAGAGAAUUUCGGAUAAAAUGCUGCAGAAAAAAUCGAGUGAGAGGAAGGAAUCUCAACCUAUUGUCACGAAACUACCAGAAGAAGAAACGCAUAUCAAAAAAGAUUCUAUGAUUACAAGGCAACAAAUUAGUCCGAGAGAUACUGAGCUACAGUCAGUACCAGCUUUAUCAGCUGAAGAUGAAAGUCAUCCAGAAAAGGAAGAUAAGAAAGAGAACAUAUGUGGUGCGAUGCGUCCAACAAGUCUUGAACAGCAAUUAGAUAUAACAGUUCCUGAACAGAAAAUCACGAUAGAAAAAGAAACGCAUCCAUGCAGAGCAAUUUGUGGAAGGCUGCCUGAAGAUGAAGUGAGACUGAGGAGUGAAGAAACUCAGCAAACUCAAGCGGAAUUCAAAUCUACAAUGACUGAAAGUGAAGAAGCUCCCACUCCAUCUGAAGAAACGAAUAUUCUUGAACCUACUACUCCUGUUGUAGAACCGGUAAUAGAAAAAACAGUAAUUAAAUAUGUAUCUAUGCAAGAACCAGUGAUUAAGCUGUUUGAAAGAGGCAUCAAUUUAGACAGAGAUGUUACAUCAGACGAACAAAUUAUAGACUCGAUCUCAGGCGAAGUGAGAGCUGAGUUAGAUGAUGUUAUUGAUUCAUUAGACUACAUUACGGUAAAAGAAGAAACAUUCGUUUCUGAAAAACUGGCAAAUGAAGAUAUAGGUAACAGUGAACUGAAAGAUGUGACUGGGCAACCCAUAUCAGUAGGAACAGGGGAAGACGAAUCCCAACAUGAAGAUGUGGAUCAAACAACAUCAAAACAUUCCCAACAUGCUGUGACCAUAUAUGCUGAUGACACAGUGGCACAGAUACCAGAAAUAGAUGAAUUUAUGUCGGCCAUUGACACCAGCACGACGAAAGAUGAAGACACAUUCGAAGAAACGCCAGGUCAACAAGCUGCGUCAAUUCCAGAUCCGAUUGAAAUUAAAAGAUCAGAAGAAGAAAUAGAUCUUCCAUCAGUCAUAGCAAAUGCAAUUUUAGAACCAGAAAAAGAGAUUCCUGUUGUUGAGCUAUCACCAGAAGACGAACAGCUAAUUGUUGAAGAAGUUACUGCAAGUGAAACGAUGGCUGCUGAUCAACCAGAAGUAGUGCAAACAUCAUCAAAUAUUGAAAAUAUCAUUAUCGAAAUAGAAACUCCGAUAGAACAGGUACUAGUGGAAAAUAUUGAAGAAGAACCACAAAACUCUGAUGAAAGUGUUAUUAUCGAAGAUAUCGUUGAAGAAUCAGUUGCAGAAGUAAGUGAAACUAUGGCAGGAAAAUCAGAUGAUCAAAUUGAGGAGACGCCCUUGAUAAUCGGAUACAAUGCAUUAUCAUCUCCAGACAAUUGUGAAAUAACUCUGAAAGACUUCGAAGAAUCCUUAUUAGAUGGAAAAUCAGAAGAAGAUGAUCACGAUGCUAUCGACAUCGUAGAGCUAUACUAUAAGGCCGAUGAUAACUACACACCAAGAGUCCUUAGUCUGAAGAGUCCACUGGAAUUAGCUGGGCUCCAAAUGAAUGAAUCAAUAGUCCAAGACAUUCCAUCUCAAGUAAUCACUGAAGAUUUUAUACCAAGAGCAACAGCAGUGGAAAGUACGAAUAUCAUAGAAGAUAUUUCAGACAGGGUUGUUGAUGUUGAAGAAGUACCUACUCCUGGAGAAGUCAAUAGAAUGCUGGAUGGUCGUAUGCUACCUUUACCAAUGGUUCUACCAAGUACUCAACAGGUCCCGAUGGCAGUUUUGCCUCAAGUAGUACCAGAAACAUUCAGAACAGUACCACGUGCUGUUAUGCCUGAAUUUAUUCCUGCACCUGUACCGGCAACUACAGGGUUUUUCCCAUGUUUGUUUGGAAAAAAGCGGAGUACAACAUGUAUCGUGAAGAAAGAUUCAGUUUCACAGACAGAUGAACUGAAGCUUGCCAAAAGCACAGAAACUGUGUGCCCCAAAACUGGAUUGUUAUGUGACUGUUGCAAGAAGAAUAUGGCACCGAAGCAGAUGGUUUGUAAAGGAACUUGUGCAACUGUUGAACCUGAAAAGAAUAUAUGUAGAGGUCCAUGUAGAAGAUCUGGUGUGAGGCAAAAUCCAGAGGAAAAACAAUAUUUUGACAGGAACCAGGACGAAUUGGAGAGGCGUAUGAUAUCAGCCACUCCGAAGGAUUCUAAAGAAGACUUACCUACGUUGAUUAUACAUAAAGAUGCUGAAAUCAUUGCUCUUAGGAAUGCUUUAGCCGCUAAAGAAUCUUAUUGUGCUGAACAACGCAAGAUAGCCUCAGCGGCAUUAGAACAACUGGAAAAUAUCAAAAAUAUCGUUGAGGAACGAGAUGAUUUGAGGAAGAAACUAGAAAGUUCACAAGAUGAACUCGAAGAACUCAAGAGAAAUAUCGCUUUGGGUUAUCCAUUCGGGAUUUCUGAAACCCAGCCUUCUAUGCCCACAUCAAUCGGUGGCUCUCAAUUUACCACAUGCGAAGAAGAAAUCACAGCCUUAGAAAAUGAAAUAAACGACAUGAGAAGUGGAAAGCUAACCCCGAACCUCGAAGCCAAAGUCAUCCGCAAAGAGGUCGAGGUACUCAAAAAAUAUUGCUCCAAAUUAUCAGUUAUCCAAAAGGAAAAUCACCAGUUGAAAAACCAAAUAGCGAAGUACGAAGACAAGCUCAACAAGUUAGGUUGUCUUGGCGAAGAUGACCUACUGGAAGAUCUCAAAGAUAAAUUGGAUACGUUCAACGACACUGUCAAAGAGCGAGAUGAGCUGAAAUGCAAAUGCAACAAGCUAGAAAAAGAGCUGUUGUCUUACGUGGACCUACCCGAAGACAUCGAGGUAUUCAAGCAGAGAUCCUUGCUUCUUGACGAAGUGCUUCAAGAUAGAGACAGAUUGAGUAAGAGAGUGGAGCAGCUUCGUGGUGUGGACGAGGAACUCUAUAACCUCAGGAAAAAAUCCAGCAGAGUCGAUGAACUGGAAGAAAAUCUAAAAAGGUUGUCCAAAGACAAGAAAUUCCAAGACGAAGAACUUGAGCACCUGAGAUGCAAGUGUUCCUUCGCGGAAAUAGAAGCUCUCAAUCAGAAAGCCGAAGGAGAUACCUUGAAAUCGAAGAUAGCUUGUCUGGAACACGAAGUGGAGAGCAUGAAAUGCCUUUGCAAGGAUAAGGAGAGGCUCAAGCAAGAAAGAGACGAUCUCCAAAAGAACCUUGACGAACUGGUACGUAUGCAAAACAACUUCGAUCACAUGAAGAACCAAAUGAAAUGCAUGGAUAUGCUGAAGAAAGAAAAGGACGUUUACAAAUCCAAGUACGAAAAUCUUGUAGGCUUGGAAUGUGAGUGUGACAUACUGAGGGCACAAGUAGAAAGGGCCAAGGGUAUCGAGAAAGAGAGAGAUGCCUUAGAGAACCAAGUGGAGGACUUAGAAACCUGUAUUGCUGAUCAGGAAAACGAGAUCAGAAGAUUGGUAUGUCAUAUCGAUAUCUUGGCUAAGGGAAGAGAUGAACAGCAGGAAAAAUUGAAAGAUGUGCUGUGUACCAUGAGGGCAGAAUUAGAAAAGAAGGAUAAUAUUAUAAAAUCGUCUGAAGAAAAACUGUCUAUGGUCCAAAAAGAACUAAUCACUUCCAUUCAGGGUCUUAGCACUGAAACGACGAAUUUGAAGAGUAAGAAUGAUUCCCUGGAGAAAUGUAUGUGUAACUUGAAAGGAGAGAAGAAAAUUUUGGAGAAUGAGAAGCAGAACUUAGAGGAUCGCCUAUCUAAUUUGCAAAGAGAAAAACGAGAUUCUGAAGAGGAAAGAAACAAUCUAGAAACGUGCCUUUGCAAUCUGGAGAUGACAGCUAAAACAUCUAGCGAGGAAAAUUCAUUGAUGAAAGUCCAAAUAGCCAAUAUGAAAAAACAGGCGGAAGACCUCGAUGAACAGAUGAAGGAACUAACAUCUGACAAUGAAUUUCUCAUCCAGAAACUGGAGGAACGUGAAGCUUACAUUAAAUCCCUGCAAGACGUCCUCAAAGACCACGAACCGAUGCUUAAGAAUCUGGAGAUGCUGAAGCAAACCGCACGAGAUGACAGCGCUAAAUACGAAUUGGAAGCCGCCAAACUCCAACAACAACAACAAACGAGUGUUACUGGCGAUGAACAUCUGCAUGAGUUGCUGAGGCAAUCCAAACAUGCCGUUCAAAGGAUAGCUCUGGAGCUUUGCAAGCAAUACGAAGAAUGGGACUGCGUCAAGAACAAGCUCAAGCAAAUUAAGAAAAACGACCAAUCCACACGGAGAAGUAAGAAAUGCACUUGUUGCACCUGCCUUUGUACGUGCGGUUGUGCAUGUUCGGGAGAUAGUUCAACUCAAGACCGUAUUGGGGGCGAUAAAGGUGUAACUGUUAAAAUGAUGGAUAACACUGCAACUCAGGACGAUGGAGUUGCUAAAGACAACAAAGCUGUUACAGCUACAGGAAUGGAUAAUGCAGGGACUCAGUUUCCAAAGGACAAGACAUCUCGUAGAUCAGCUGAAAAAAGUGAAUGCCAAGCAAUGAAAAGAGUGGAGAAAUAUGACAAGAAAAGCGGCGAGGUGUGUGAGUGUGUUAGUACUGGAACAAAUUGCUAUCCUGACAUUUGUAGUGCUCUGAGAGGACAAGACGCAUCCAAACAAACACAAUCUGAUGGACCUUGCGAUUGUGAAAAGAAAAUGAAAGAGGACAAGGAAAAAGUUGUCUACGAAUUUGAUGCGUCUAAAUGGUCCUGCAAGGCUAAACUCACCCCAGACUCAACUGAAGGAAAAACAGAUGAAACAUCGCAGGACCAAUCAUCAGGUAUUUACAAUGCCCCUGAAAUAGGCAGAGAUGACGUCAGUAAAUACGAAUACGACGUAUCGAAGUGGAGUUGUAAAACCGCCGUAAAAGCAGAACCUAAAGACGACACAAGUGAAUAUGAACUUGACACGUCCAAAUGGUCUUGCAGACAGCCAAAACCUGAAGACUCUAAAAUAGAGGAAGAAACUGAAGAUGAAAUGCACACCGCUCGUUCUAAUGAAGACAAAUGUAAGCACUUAGAAGAGCGUAUAGAAUUUCUGGAAAAAGAGCUGGCUCAAGCUAACGAGACAAUAUUGAAGCUACAAGAUCAGCUUGCCGCUACUGACAGAACUGCCGCUGAGAACCAAGCAUUGAGAAGGCAUUCCUCAGAAGUGCAAGAAGUGGCUAAAGACCAGAUAGAAGACCUCGUAGAACACUUGAAGAAAGCUAAGGAACGUGUCGCGUUUCUUGAAGAAGAGAACGCCAAGUUGAAUGAAUUGUUAAAAAAUAUGCAGUUGGAAAAAGACGAAUUCAUGAAGAUGAUAAAGAAUCUACAAGGAGAAACAGAUAAGGAAUUUUUAUCUGAAUUGAGGAAAGAGCUGGACGACUGUUUGAAAGAAAAAACUGCGCUACAAGAACGUAUAUCAAUGCUUGAGAAGCAAUUGUCCGAAGACAUACCUGAAGAUGAAAAACUCAGAGAUCUCUUAGCUGCCAACAAAACCUUGGAGGAACGUCUGAAGAAUGAGAUGGAUUUGAGGCAGAAACUAGAAACCGAGAAUGAAGUUAUUAGAAAACGUAUCGCAGAACUAGAACAAUUACUGUCAGAAGGUGACCAUCAAGAUCCAAACGAACUGGAAGAAAUGAAAAAGAAACUUAAGGAGGCUGAGAAUAAAAUUGAAGAGUUGUUGAAAGCUGGGGAUAGUGGCGGUAUUGACCAGCUGAUGCAGAAGGAACUUGAUGAAUUGAGGAAGAAGCUCCAAGAGGCUGAAGAUAACCUCAAGAAAGAAAGAGAGGCUAGGCAAAAAGCUGAGAAUGCUGGAUUAUUGAAAACUGACGUUGGUAUGGAUCAGGAUGAAUUGGAAAAAUUGAGAAAAAAACUCAAAGAUGCUGAAGAUGAUCUGAACAGAGAGAUCGAAGAAAGAAAGAAAGCUGAGAACAAAAUUGCAGAGCUAUUAAAUGCCGGAGAUAGUGAUUUAGAUCAGAUGAGGCAAAAAGAGUUGGAUGAUUUGAAGAGGAAAUUAAAAAAUGCCGAAGAUGACUUGAGAAAACAAAUGGAGGAAAAAGAGAAAGCUGAGAAAAAGUUCGCGGAGCUAAUGAAUGCCAAAGAUAGUGAUUUGGAUGAACUGAGGCGAAAAGAGCUGGAUGAUUUAAAGAGAAAACUUCAGGAUGCAGAAAAUAAAAUUGGUGAUGCUGACAAAUUGAGGCAAGCAUUAGAAGAUUUGAGGAAGAAACUUCAAGAUGCAGAAAAUAAACUCAAGUCAUCUGGAGAUACGGGUGAACUAGACCGACUCAAGAAGGAGCUUGAUGACGAAAAGCAAAAAUCUAAAAACUUUGACGAACUGAUGUCUCAAAUCCAGAAACUCAAAAAAGAAAAAGACGAUUUAGAGAAAAUGUUGGCUAGUAAUGUGAUGACAACAUCUCGAAGGAGUUCUAAGAUGGAAAACGAACUUGAUGCCCUUGCCAAGAAGAACAAGGAACUCCAAGAUGAGAAUGAUAGAUUGAAAAAAAUCGAGAAUGAUAGUAAAGACCUCAUGCAAAAAUUGUCGUCAUGCAAGGAUGAAAACAAACAGUUGAAAGAUGAACUCGAGAAAACGAAAGCCGAGUUAGAUAAACUGAAGAAACAACAAACAGAUACCGGUAUCAUUGAGGCACUGAAGAAGGAAAAUGAAAACUUGCUGAAGAAAUUGGAAGCUCAAGCUAGAGAGAUCAGUGAUCUACUAGACAAAAUGAAGGCACCAAAACCAGUAGUCGAAGUUUCGAAAUCUCACUUGGAAAGGGAACUCAAGGAAAAACAAACUCUUCAGUCAAUCAUUGCUGACUUGGAAAAUCAGUUGAAAAAUUUAUCACGAGAUGACAAAAAAAUGCAACCUAUUGGUCCAUCUGAUGAUUUACAAAAAAUGAUCAAAGAUCUGACGAAACGUCUGGAAGACGAACAAAAAAGAGCUGAUGCUGCAGAACUGGCUCUACGAAACAUGAAGACAAGCGACCCUUCUGCCAUGUUGAAUGCAGAAAUCGCAAAACUGAAGAAGCAGCUAGCUGAUAUCGAAGGCGAAAAUACCAAUCUGAAGCAACAACUGGCGCAAAGUGUCAAUGAAGCUGCAAAACUGAAAAAAGACCUAGACGCAGCUUUAAACGACGCUAAAAAAAUGAACGACGAAAAUUUACAGCUCAAACAACAGCUUUCUAAUUUGCAGAAAGAAAAUGGCGAUCUGAAAUCGUCUGUAGAUAAAUUGAAAUCAGGACUUUCUGGAGACGAUUUCUUGAAAAGUGAAGUCAAACGAUUGAACGAUCAAAUCGCUCAACUAGAAAAAGACAAGGCAAGUCUUAAAAACGAGGUUGCUCAGAAAGAAAACGAAAUAAAGAAUGCAUACGAUAAGAUAUCGAAACUCCAAAACGAAAUUGCUGAUUUGAAACAAAACCAAGUCAAACUUCAAAGUGAGAACGACAAACUGAAGAAAGAUCUCGACAAUGCGUCGAAUAAUGCUAAAAAGGACUCUGCUAAAGUAGCACAGCUUGAGGAUGAUAACGCUAAACUUCGAAAAGACAUUCAAAGUCUAGAAGGCGAACUUGCUAAGGUGAAGCGCGAUCUUGACUCGGCACUAAAUUCAGCUAAAAAGGGCACUUCAGGCGUUUCAGAUCUUCAAGAUGAAAUAUCGAAGCUAAAACAGAAGAUAAAUCAACUUGAAACUGAAAAUGGUAACUUAAAAAGAGACCUGAAUGCUGCUCUGGAUAACUCGAAGAGCACAGCAGCUAAACUCGCUCAGGUGACAAGUGAAAACGAAAAAUUGAAGAAUGCCAAAGAUGCAGCUGAAGAUAAACUGGCGAAAUUACAAAAAGAUUUAGAUUCAGCUAAUGCGGAAGCUAGAAAGGCUGCUUCUGAUUUGGGACGUCAACAAAACGAAUUGGCUGGUCUGAAAGAUAAACUGGCAAAACUAGAAGCUGAAAACGUCAAGCUGAAAAAAGAUCUAAAUACUGCGUUGGAGGAUGCGAGAAAAGGUAGUAGUUUGAUGGACGAAGACGCCAAACUAAAACAAAAACUGGCACAAAUGGAAAACGAGAACUCGAAACUCAAGAAAGAUCUUGAGAGGGCUUUAGAAGAAGCUAAAAAAACUGCUGGCCUUGAUAAACUCAAAGAUGAUGACAAUAAACAACGGGAUAGAAUCGGAAAACUCGAAGCUGACAACUCUAAGCUUAAUAAAGAUCUAAACGCAGCUUUGGAUAAUCUGAAUAAAGCUACCGCUACGAUAUCGCAACUUCAAGACGACCAGAACAAGCUCAAACAAAAGAUGAAUUCGCUAGAGAAUGAUAAUGCCCAACUCAAAAAAGACCUCAAUAAAGCCCUAGAUGAUGCGAAAAAAUAUGCUUCUGAGAUCUCUGCCCUCAGAGAUAGCGAAUCAAAAUUAAAGCAACGCAUAGCACAGCUCGAAUCUGAAAACGCAAAAUUGAAGAAGGAUCUGGACACUUCAUCAGCAGAUAACAAAAGUAAUCUCAACAUAAUCCAGUCUCUCAAGGAUGAGAAUAACAAGUUGAAGCAGAAAGCUGCACUUCUAGAACAGGAGAACUCAAAGCUGAAGAAAGAUCUAGACGCCUUUCUGAAAGACCAGAAAAUUCCAACACCCGUAGAUGAUAGCGAAAAAUUGAAAGCCAAAGUCUCUCAGCUCGAAGAUACUAACAGUAAAUUGAAGAAAGACCUGGAUAAUGUUUUAGAUGACCAUAAAAAAUGUCCUAAGACCAUCUCUCAGCUUCAAGAUGAAAUCGAAAGGCUUAAGAAAAAAAUUGCCGAGCUCGAAAAAGAUGGCUCCAAAUGGAAGGCUCAGUAUGAAGGAGCUAUGGGCGAUAUGAAGAUGAGCAACGAUGAAUUAAACAAACUGCGCGAUAGCGAGUCGAAGCUGAAGCAAAUGCUUGCACAAGUUCAAGCUGAUAACGGUAAACUGAAUAAAGAUAUCAUAGCUUUGACAGCUGAGCUGAAAACCACUGCAGGCAACCUAGCUGUCGCGAAAGAUGACGCUGCUAAAGCAAAGCAAAAUAUAGGGCUCUUGGAAGCCGAGAAUUCUCAACUGAAAAAAAAUCUAGACGGAACCUUGGACGAAAUGAAAAAGAUACAAAAACUGUUGUCGCAGCUACAAGAAGAAAACCCAAAAUUGAAACAGCGUAUUGCACAGCUGGAAACUGAAAAUGCAAAGCUGAAGAAGGACUUAGAUGCCGCUGUUGCAGAUGCCAAAAAAGGUUCAUCAGGAGCAGAUCAAAUGAAAAGUGAAGAUGCAAAGCUGAGAGACCUGUUAGCACAAUUAGAAAAAGAAAACAAGAAGUUAAAAGGUGAUCUCAAUAAUGCCCUUGAUCAAGCUAAAAAAAGCGUUGCUGAUGUCACAAAGAUGCGAGAUGAUGACUCGAAACAGAAGCAGCAGAUCGCAAAACUAGAGAACGAGAAUGCUAAACUGAAGAAAGACUUAGAAAAGGCCCUUAAUGAUGCCCUAGCUAACAGUUCUGGAGCACAAGGGCUGAGAGACGAGAACAACAAGUUGAAACAAAGAGUCAAUCAGCUAGAGGGAGAAAUAUCCAAAUUGAAAUCAGAUCUCAACGCUGCCCUAGAGAAUGCUAAACAAGGUGCCACCGGUCUGUCACAAAUGCAAGCAGACGAUGCAAAACUGAAGCAAAGAAUAUCGCAGCUAGAGAAAGAUAAUGCCAAGCUGAAGGGCGACUUGGAAGCUGCUUUGAAUGAAGCUAGAGCUGGAGGUGAUACCGGUACAAAGCUGAGGAACGAGAAUGCUAAACAGAAACAGAUGAUUAGCCAACUAGAGGACGAGAUAGCGAAGCUCAAAAAGAACUUGGAAAAUGCAUUGAAUGACUCCAAGAAGGGUGACUCUGGACUGUCGAAUCUGCAAGAUGAGAAUGCGAAGCUGAAACAAAAGAUAGGUCAACUAGAAAAAGAUAACGCUACGCUGAAGAGAAAUCUCGAUGAUGCCUUAGCUAACGCUAAAACAGUUUCAUCAGCUAAUACACAACUAACUGAUGAAAAUGGUAAACUGAAACAAAAAGUUAAACAGUUGGAAGGGGAUAUCGAAAAAUUAAGGAAAGAAUUGAACAGCGCUAUGGAUGAAAAGAAGAAAGCACUUGCCAACCUCUCAGCCGUUAAAGAUAGUGAAGCUAAACUUAAACAACGUAUUGCCGAAUUAGAGUCAGAUAACAUUAAGCUAAAACAAGACUUGGACUCGGCUUCUGGCGAUGCUAAAUCUGGUAAAGGUGACUUGAACAAACUCAGAGAUGAGAAUGCGUCAUUGAAGCAGAAAGUUGCCCAACUUGAAGGAGACAAUUCUAAAUUGAAAAAAGACUUGGAUGGGGCUCUUAGUGAUUCGAAGAACAGAGCUGGAGAAGUUCAGAAACUCAAAGACGAGAAUACGAAGCUGAAGCAGAAAAUAGCAGACCUCGAGACUGUCAAUGCUAAGAUGAAAAAAGACCUUGACUCUGCUAUGUCUGAUUCUAGAAAUGCUGCCAGUGAAUUAGCUAAACUCAAGGACGAUAUUGCUAAGCUCAAGCAAUCUUCAGCUCAGAAAGACACCCAGAUAAAUGAGUUGAAGAAAAAGUUAGAUGAUACUAACGACAAAAUCACCGAAUUAACCAACGAAAAUGUGAAAUUGAAAGAAAAAAUUAAAGACUUAGAAAAUCAAGUGGCAAAGCUUGGCAAUGAUCUUGCAAAGUUGAAAAAAGAAAUUGCACAAAAAGACGGUCAAAUCGAUGAGUUGAAGAAAAAUCUAGAUAAGGCGAGAGCUGACAAUAAAAGCAAGGAUGCAAAGAUUAAGGAUCUUGAGAAUAAACUUAUACAAGAAGGUACUCUAGACGAUUCUUUAGCGAAGUUGAAAGAAGAAAUGGGAUUGAGAGAUAACCAGGUCAACGAUUUGAAGAACAGAUUAGAGAAAGCAAUGAGCGAGAACAGGAAAAAAGAUGGGAAGAUUAAAGAACUUUCUGAGGACAAUGAAAAAUUGAAAGCUAGAUUGAAGGACUUGGAGAAUCAGUUAGGAAAACUGAAUGACGGCCUGAAAACAGCUAACGAUAUGGCGAAAAAAGCUGCAGAAGAUCUUUCGAAAAUGAGGGGAGAUUACGACAAGCUGAAAUCUGACAACGAAAUGCUGAUGAAAACUAAGCCUGAUGCAGACAAAAUGAAAGAGUAUGAAGCUAAGAUUAAGCAACUCCAAGCAGAACUAGCAAAGCAAAAAAAGGAAUGUACCGAUAACAUAGCAUCAAUGAAAGAACAGUUCGACAGAGAAAUGAAGGAUCUCUUGAAAAAGAACGAAAUCAGCAUAGAUAAGCUUCAAAAAGCGCAUGAGGAGUUCCUCAAGGAGCUCAACGAAAGGCAUGACAAAGACAUCAAGAGUCUCCAAGAUGCUCUGAAAAAGGCCAAAGGGGAAUUGGACGAAGUUACCAAGGAAAGAGAUAGGCUGAAAGCUUUAUUGGAUGAUCAGCGAAGAAAAAGUAUAGAGAUUAAAGAUAAAGUUGAGCAAGUUGAGAAUAUCGUGAAGAAGGAAAGGAGGAAGAGUAAGGAAGAAUCACAAAAAAGUAAGGUUUUAGAAGGUAAACUUGACGAAGAGAUGAAGAAGAGCAAAGAUCUGGAAAGCGCAAGUUUUCUGUUGAGGAAAUCCAUCGAGGAACAGAAGAGAAAGAGUGAAGAACUUGCCAAGGAGAAAAAAGAAGUGGUGGACAAGACUUCUAAGUUGGAAAAAGAGAAGGAAAAUCUCGAGCGCAGCAGUUUACAAUUGCAGAAAUCGUUUGAGGAAGAAAAACGUAAGAGUGAAGAAUUGACCAAGGACUUGGAGAGUUUGAAGAAAAAGAUAUCGGAGAUUUCAUCACCGACAGAGAGAAAAGAAGAGCAUGUGAGCGAAGCAGUUCAACCAGUGCCUGUCGAAAAGUCGAAGGAACCGCUCAAAAUGGAGACGUUCAAAACAUUCUCCACCGAUGCUGCAAUGCCAGAUGUGAUAGCAAUCACCACUCCCUUAUCAGCCAAGGAGCUGAAAUUUUUCGGCAAGACUUCCUGCUCUUGCGAACCCAAUUUAGAUUCGGUGCUAGAGAAAUUAGGGAGACUUGGGAUCGAUGCUCUGGGAAUCGAAGAAUUGCAGUUGCUGCACACGAAAAUUUGUGACGUCACUGCCAACGUUUUGGCAGAAAUUGGACAGAGUAGCGGGGUGCUGAAGCCUAACGAAAACGACAAGUUGGGUUUGCUUCGUCGCAUCGCUUCGCUGGAAGGGGAUUUGCUGAAAAAGCAGAAACAUGCUCAACAAAAAGUAAUUGCUAUGCAGUAUGCGGUAAAGCUUGAGAAGGAACGUCUCAGCGAUUUACGCAAGAGUUUGGACGAAGAAAAAAUGAAGAACAGCGAGUUACUCAACCAAAUCGGGUCGCAAUCCAAAGUGGUUUCGAAUAUCCAGGAAGAGAGGGACUUGAUUCAAAGGCAGAAGUCAUAUCACGAGCAAAAGUUGGAGCAGUACCUCGUUGCAGUGGAAGAAGAAAGGGGUAAGAGUCGAAAUUUGGAAGACGAAUUGGAGAAAGAGAAAUCGAAUAAUCAGCAUUUGAAAAGUUUGUUGGAAGCCGAGAGAAGUAGAUCCAGGCAGAACAAGAGGAAAGAUACCGAAGCCUUAGAGGCUAUGAGAAUUAAGUUGGAAAAAACAGUAAACAGCGAGAUGAUGCUGAGAAUGAAACUUCAAGAAAAAACUUGCCAUCGACAUCCAUCUCCUCAUACUUUUACCCCUGUCAGAGACAACCAACCAAGUUCUUUUCCACGUCAGUCCACGUCAAGAACAAGGGCCGCAUUUUAUACAGAUUUAUCUCCAGGGGAUGGUAAAUCCAGAACUUGUACGAAAAGGACAUUUUCCAGCCACAGUGGUGGUCACUCAGGUUCAAGCAAUGGACUCGAUUUGGAGGACAAAUGAUCAUCUCGUACCUACAUCACUUUGUGGUGACCAAUGUGUUGUUCAGAAUAAA